AUGAUCGAUUCGUCAGCAGAUAUACCUUCGAUACUGAAACUUCAGUAUCUGUUGUCAUCAUUGAAGAGUGAGGCGGCGCUGCUGUUCGAGCAUACCACAUUGACCGCGGACAACUAUGCGACCACCUGGGCCGCGCUGCUGAAACGGUAUGAUAACCCGCGCAUGUUAGUCCGUGAUUAUUAUCGAACAUUGCAUCACCUUCCCGCGAUGCAUGAAGGAUCUGUGGAUGAAUUGGCGCAGCUUGUGGACGAGUUCACGCGGCACGUGAACGGUUUAAGAAAGCUGAAGGAACCGGUUGACAACUGGGACACUCCCCUCACCACAUUGCUGUUCUUCAAAUUGGAUUCAUCAACCAUCCUAGCUUGGGAAAAGCAUUCAUCGGCCAGCCCCAAGGAUAAGUAUUCAGAUCUAAUCGAUUUCCUGCAGGAUAGAAUCCGAAUCCUUCGUUCGUCCCAAACGUUAGCGAAGAUAUCUGAAUCGAAACAAACGCCGGUGGUACGGUCGUGCAAUUCCGUCUUCCGUUGCAACAAGUGCAACGCACGUCAUCACAGCAUGUUGCACGACGAUUCACCGCCACAGGUAACCAUGAACGUAGGUUCGAGCAAUGAAAUUGUGGUUCUCAAAACGGUGGUUCUCUGGUUAGUCGAUGACCAUGGCAUUCGGCAUGAAGCACGAGCGUUGUUGGAUUCAGGAUCCAUGUGCAAUAUCGUGUCCGAAUCCCUAGCGCGGAAGCUGCUGACACGUCGUACAAAGAUCAACGUUGCAUUGACAGGUAUCGGUGAGGGUGUUCAGCAAGCCAAGGGUUCGAUCAUCGCAACGGUGCAGUCAAAGUCAGCGCCAUUUUCGUCGCCACUUGAGUUCCUGAUAGUGAACUCCCCUUGUGCUGAGAUACCGACUGCCCCAAUCGAUGUUGCUGGUUGGAAAUUCCCUGACGUUCCGUUGGCUGAUCCUGCCUUUAACCUUCCUUCAAGAGUUGAUGUGAUCAUUGGGAGUGAUGCAUAUUGGGAAUGGCAUACCGGAAAGAAGCAGUUACUGGUCAAAGGCGGUCCUUGGAGCCAUGAGUCUCUCGAUACAUUGCUGCAACGGUUUUGGGAGAACGAGACCAAUCUAGAGGGACCCGCUCUCUCGCUUGAGGAAGAUGCUUGUGAGAAGCAUUAUGCUGCCACUACAACGCGUGAUCACCAUGGUCGUUACAUCGUUUGUCUGCCUCGUAAUCCCAGAGCAGAUAUAGUAUUGGGUUCAUCAAAGGAGAUUGCGGAUCGACGACUGAUGGCUGUGGAGCGGCGAUUGAAGAUCAACCCUGAAAUGGAGAUGGAAUAUAAGCGUUUCAUGCAAGAGUACGAGGAACUUGGUCACAUGCGAAAACUUACCGAACCAGUGGAUGAUAGUGUUCCGCAUUGUUAUAUUCCUCACCAUGCGGUGGUGAAGGAAUCGAGUACAUCCACAAAAGUACGGGUCGUGUUUGACGCGUCCUGUAAAACGAGCUCGGGAUACUCCUUAAACGAUACGUUACUAGUUGGCCCAAUUGUCCAGGAAGAUCUACUAACGAUUAUAUUGCGAUUCAGGUCCUACGCAAUCGCAUUAGUGGCCGAUGUGGAAAAAAUGUACCGGCAAAUUCUCCACACCAUCAUCGAUCGGAAUCUGCUACGUAUCAGGUACCGAAAGAGCCCCCUGGAUCCGAUAUCGACCUACGAGCUGAAUACCGUUACUUACGGCACGGCGUCAGCUCCAUUCCUCGCCACUAGAACGCUCCAGCAGGUUGCGCAUGACCACAAAGAUCAAUUCCCGAAGGCAGUUGAUCCCGUGUUACGUGAUUUUUACGUCGACGAUCUACUAACAGGAGCGACUGACCUUAACGAAGCAGUAGAAGUGCGAAAGCAAAUCACCGCAAUGCUCGAUUCAGCUGGUUUCGCAUUGAAAAAGUGGGCAUCUAACGUUCCAGAAUCGCUUCUAGAUGUCCCACGUGAAGAUCUUGCGAUUCAAUCAAUGCACGAGUGGAAGGAUGGUCAAGCUGUUUCGACGCUGGGGCUGGUUUGGGAACCCGCCAACGAUUCGUUUUCCUUCAAG